AGCAACGAAAUCUUAAAAUUCAUGGCGGUAGAGCUUGAACACGUAUAAACCAGUCUAAGUCGGAAAACACCAGAAACGCCGACGUUUUGGACAUCGAUAAAGGAGGAGAAGAAGAAGCACAGUGCAGAGAGACACAUUCCAAUGGCGGACGAUGAGGCAGAGAUAUACGACGGAAUCAGAGCUGAAUUUCCUCUCACGUUUGGCAAGCAAUCCAAGGCUCAAACCUCUCUCGAAGCCAUUCACAACACGACUCGUCGUUCUGUUAACAAUCCUCCAGAAAAACCCUCCUCCACCAAAACCAACGACCUCCCUUCUCUCUCCUCCUCCUCCCAAACCUGGCUCACCUCCCUCCGCGCCCCCAAAAACCCUAAACCUAACCCUAAUCCUGAACCUAGCCCUGCAGACGAUGAGGAUGGAGAUGGCGAUGUCAUGAUUGGACCGCCGCCUCCGCUGCCACAAUCUGAGAUUUCCGAGAGUGACGACGACGAUGGCGAGAUGAUUGGACCGCCGAGGCCGCCGGUGGGGUCCAACAUGGCCGAUUCGGAUUCGGAUUCUGAUUCGGAUUCAAAGUUGGAGAAUAGGUAUCGGAUUCCGCUAAGCAAUGAGAUUGUGCUGAAGGGCCAUACCAAGGUCGUUUCGGCCCUCGCCGUCGAUCACACUGGGUCUAGAGUUGUUUCCGGUAGCUAUGACUAUUCUGUGCGAAUGUACGAUUUCCAAGGAAUGAAUUCAAAGUUGCAAUCUUUUAGGCAGCUCGAACCAUCUGAAGGUCAUCAAGUUCGUACCAUAAGCUGGAGUCCAACAGCCGAUCGUUUUCUCUGUGUUACAGGCUCAGCUCAAGCGAAGAUAUAUGACCGCGAUGGGCUUACUUUGGGAGAGUUUGUAAAGGGGGACAUGUAUAUUCGUGAUCUCAAGAAUACCAAGGGCCACAUUUCUGGAUUGACUUGUGGAGAGUGGCACCCUAGAACUAAAGACACCAUUUUGACAUCAUCCGAGGAUGGAUCACUGCGUAUUUGGGAUGUCAAUGACUUCAAAACUCAGAAACAGGUAAUCAAGCCAAAACUUGCGAGGCCUGGAAGAAUUCCGGUCACCACUUGUGCCUGGGAUCGUGACGGAAAACGCAUUGCAGGUGGUAUAGGAGAUGGUUCUAUACAGAUAUGGAACCUUAAGCCUGGAUGGGGAAGCAGGCCAGAUAUACAUGUUCAAAACAGUCAUUCAGAUGAUAUUACUGCACUUAAGUUUUCUAUGGAUGGGAGAAUCUUACUAUCAAGAAGCCUUGAUGGUUCAUUGAAGGUUUGGGAUUUGCGUCAGAUGAAGGAUCCUCUUAAGGUGUUUGAUGAUCUCCCAAACAACUAUGCCCAAACUAAUAUAGCAUUUAGUCCUGAUGAGCAACUCUUCUUGACUGGAACAUCUGUUGAAAGGGAGAGCACUACUGGAGGUUUGCUAUGCUUCUUCGAUCGAGCAAAACUUCAACUUGUUUCAAAAGUUGGGAUAUCCCCCACCUGUAGUGUUGUACAGUGUGCUUGGCACCCAAAACUCAAUCAGAUCUUUGCAACAGCAGGAGAUAAAAGCCAAGGAGGAACUCAUGUGUUAUAUGAUCCAACCCUUAGUGAAAAAGGAGCUCUUGUUUGUGUUGCACGUGCUCCGAGGAAAAAAUCUAUUGACGAUUUUGAGGCAAAACCAGUGAUUCACAACCCUCAUGCUCUACCUUUAUUUAGAGAUCAACCAAGCCGUAAGCGUGAGCGAGAGAAAACAUUGAAGGACCCACUGAAAUCCCAUAAGCCUGAACUUCCCAUGACAGGGCCAGGCUUUGGUGGACGAGUAGGUGCAAGUAAAGGAAGCUUAUUGACCCAGUACCUUAUGAAGCAAGGGGGCAUGAUCAAGGAGACUUGGAUGGAGGAAGAUCCCAGAGAAGCCAUACUGAAGUUUGCGGAUGUUGCAGCAAAAGAUCCAAAGUACAUUGCUCCAGCUUAUGCACAAACCCAGCCCGAAACAGUUUUUGCAAAAUCGGACUCCGAGGAUGAAGAGAAAUGAUUUGAUUAAGGUUGCCAUUUCUAGAAAACGCAAUUGCUGUAACAGGGCAGAAACCAGAGGCUACUGUGAGGCAGCCCUUGCAUAGCACCUUACCUCUGUACAGUGCUUCCGCAAGAAUUAACCGAUGGCAUUAGCCACUGCAUCAAAUGACAAUGUAAAUGUAAAUGGAAAUGCGGUCGAUGCCACAUUGCCCUCAGAAAUUAGACUAUGGCAAUGUAUAUGUGAUCAAAAUGAAGAGCUUAGUGGAAACAUUUUUCUUUUGGGGGUUGGAAACACUGUUUGCAUGUAAAACAAAUAAUACAAGGGUAUGUGCUAUAUUACAA